AUCGCAUCGCAACUCGCAACGCAACGCCGUCGAGUCGAUCGAAAGUAGUGUUGAAUAGAGUGUUGUCGUCGAUUGUUGAGUUUUCUGGAGUACCCGCGCCGCGCCGAAUAAGAAUCUUGAAUUGCUGUUUAGCAACAGGGUUCCUCCUAUCGUGUGGUAUAAAUCAGUGAUUGGUGUUAUCGUGAUCUGCGUAUCUACGAGGGCCACUGCCGCACAGAUUAACGCAGCAGAAAUCAACCGUAUUCUUCUGUCUGAGUUGAAUCCGUUGAAUGGAGUGCCGUUGCGUUGUGGUGUGUUUGUGUGUUAAAACAGCAACAGGAGAGGGGUGUUCUCCGCGUAUAGUGGUUCCAAUUUAUUCGCGGUCGAUUCGAGAUAAAGUCCAGGCGCAACUCGCGAAGUGAGUGUAUGACGUGAGAAUUGAAGGGAAAAAAAAUUUACUGGAAAAAUUCGGUCGCCAUCGAUAACAUUUUGCGAAGAAUUCUGCCGUCUUCGGGAUUAGUGCGUUGAAAAUCGAGAUUCCACUGAGCCCGUGUUAAUUGUGGUGAAAAGAAUCGCUAGAGUCAGUGCCGUGGAAUUCGAAUCGAAACGGGAAAAGCAGUGAUCCGACUUGUCGAUUGGAUUGAGGGUUGCAAAAAGUGGUUUGCAUAACGGUGAUCGCUUUAAGGCGGUGGCAAACUGCCGAAGAAAAAAAGGAGCAUCCGUUUGGAAGUGCUAAACGAAAAUGAAUGAAAUCGAUGCUCUGCGGGCUGAGGCCGAACAGCUAAAAAAUGCGAUACGGGAUGCCCGGAAGGUGGCCUGUGACACAACGAUCCUGCAAGCAACAAAUCAUUUGGAGGCGGUAGGACGAAUCCAGCUCCGCACACGACGCACCCUGCGUGGCCAUCUGGCUAAAAUCUAUGCCAUGCACUGGGGAAGUGAUAGUCGAUAUCUGGUAUCAGCUUCACAAGAUGGCAAACUUAUCGUUUGGGAUUCGUACACAACCAACAAAGUUCACGCAAUACCUUUAAGAUCUUCAUGGGUUAUGACCUGCGCGUAUGCUCCUUCUGGCAACUAUGUGGCCUGUGGAGGGCUCGACAACAUUUGUUCCAUCUACAAUCUCAAAACGCGAGAAGGAAAUGUGCGGAUCGCUCGCGAACUCGGAGGCCAUACGGGGUACCUGUCCUGUUGUCGAUUUAUAGACGACAAUCAAAUUGUGACGAGCUCCGGUGAUAUGUCCUGUGCCCUUUGGGAUAUCGAAACUGGCCAGCAGUCCACUUCAUUCCAAGGCCACACGGGUGACGUGAUGGCCCUUUCCCUGUCGCCCCAGCGUCAAGUGUUCGUUUCGGGAGCGUGUGACGCCACUGCCAAAUUGUGGGACGUACGGGAUGGCCAAUGCAAGCAAACGUUCCCCGGCCACGAAAGUGACAUCAACGCUGUUGCGUUCUUCCCCAGUGGACAGGCUUUCGCUACCGGUUCCGACGAUGCCACCUGCCGGCUGUUCGACAUCCGAGCAGAUCAGGAAUUGGCCAUGUACUCGCACGACAACAUCAUCUGUGGCAUAACGUCGGUAGCGUUCUCGAAAUCCGGUCGCCUCCUGCUAGCCGGAUACGAUGAUUUCAACUGCAAUGUGUGGGACACGAUGAAGGCGGAACGGGCCGGAAUCCUGGCCGGUCACGAUAACAGGGUGUCCUGUUUAGGUGUUACGGAUAACGGAAUGGCGGUGGCGACAGGUUCCUGGGAUUCAUUCCUGCGCGUUUGGAAUUAGGUAAGUCACGAUUAUUUAUUGUUUUUAGAAGAAUAAA